UCUCGAAGGGAAAGUAAACAGAUCUAGUCUAUGUCUAUAAAACUUUUAAUAAAAGACUAUAACUAUAGAUUCAGUAUAUAUAGAUAUAUAUCUAGAUCUAGAUUCUAGAUAUACAUACCUAGAUUUACUCAAUAUUGAGUCACGAUUAUUCAUAGCUUUAUAUCUGCUGCUUUGUAGAUUGAUCAAGAAUAAUUGAAAUCAGUUAAAUAUAUUUCUGAAAUACUUCCAAUGGCUCAGAAAAAUGUAAAAAAAACUAAAAAGAAAAAGAAUCUCUAUAAUUUUGAUGAUUCUGACGAAGAGCAAAUUUUAACCAGUACAGAGACAUCCCAAGACAAACGAUUGUCCAAGAAUAUUACAUUGCAAGGAGCACAAAGCCUUCAGUUUAAAUGUUCUCCUAGUGAAAAUGUUCUUCAAGACAAAGGAAACAAAUCUAAUCAAAAUUUUUGUCACCAAAAUGUCAACAGAAGUGUGAACCAAGAACAUCUCUUUGGUUUGGAUAAUUUCAGCAGGGGACUAAAAUUAAACUGUGUUGAGAAAUCACAAGAAAAUCUUUUGUUGAACCAUGACUCUUACACUGUUUCAACAGACGUAUCAAAGGAAUUAAAAUGCAUUCAGAAUGAGAGUGAAAGAAAACACAAUUUUAAUCUAGAUUCCUGUCCUGAAAAUUAUAAAUAUAAUUCACAUUCAAUUGGUAGUCAGAGUCAACAUUUACAAUCUAGCAAACAAACAGAUGAACUGUCUUAUAUUUUAUCCCAAUAUACCAAAGAAUCAAAGAGAAUCAGUAAAUCUCAUAGUGAGACUGAGACUGAUAAAGAAAAUAUACAUCAACAUAAAAAUAAGGAUAAUGAAAUUGAUCAUCUAAGUCAAUUACUUUCAGAAGCAGAAUUGGGACAGACAAAGAAAAGUGAAGUCAGUAGUUCCUUUACAGAAGAGGAUUACGUUGAGGUGGCAGAUGUCUCUAUACAGACUUCUCACAACAAAAGUAAUAGUUUUGUCAACAAAUCAGUUUUAGAAAAUACACCAGACCACAUUAAAGAUGAGGAUAAAAUUGCUUUUAGACAUCAUGUUCUUUCCAGUGACCAAAAUGGUGAUAAGGAUAAUGAAAUUGAUCAUUUAAGUCGAUUACUUUCAGAAGCAGAAUUGGGACAGUCAAAGAAAUGUGAAAUCAAUAUUUCCUUUACAGAAGAUGAUUAUGUUGAGGUCGCUGAUGUCUCUACACAAACCUCACAAAACAAAAGUAAAAGUUUUGUCAACAAAUCUGUUUUAGAGAAUACACCAGACCACAUUAAAGAUGAGGAUAGAAUUGCUUUAAUACAAGAUGCCAGUCAGUUACAGUCUAACAUCCUACGAGAGAAUCUGUCAGUUGACAGUCACUUUGAGGAAGAAAGUAAAGUACUUGCCUAUGAUAGUGAUGACUCAACUACUUCUGUUAAAGACUCUAAAUCAACAUGUUUGUUGGUUGUUGAUGAAAGUUGCAAUGAAGAUGAUGAGACAAACAUUCCUCAUGAUGUAGUAGUGAACCCUGGAAAAGAAAGGGAAUCGAUAACCAGUGAAGAAAAUGAUGAUUUAAAAAAUAUUUCAAGAAAUAUGGGGGCAGUGUCAUUCAGCCGUUAUAGACAAGACAGUUCAUCAAGUGAUGAUGACUUUGAAAGAUUCUUGAACAGAGUCAAGAGGCCAGAGCAGAGGAAAACUAACACACCAGCCCUCAGCAAGCCAAGAAAAUUGCUUGAGGAUUUUAUUGUUCAUGAUUCAGAUGUCGACGCAAACUCGGAUGUUAGUGACUCAGCAGAAGACAGUGAUGAAAUGUUUUAUGUCAAGGUUAAUCACAGUUUAGACAGAAAAGAAAACAAUUAUAGAUACAAGUAUGAAUUUGACUCUUUGUCAGAUAGUAACUCAAGUUCAGAUCUUAACGAAAGGGCUGAAAGAGAAUGUGCUACAAAUGUACCCCUGAAGAAAAACAUUGCAACAGACCCUUUGAAACAUACAGUUCCCGAUAUCUCUAAGACAACUGAAGAUCGUUUCCUUGUUCCAACUUCUGCACCCAAAACUGAAAAGGUUAAAAGACCUAAAGAAAGAAGAUUAAUAAAUUCCUCUUCAAAACAUGAUCAUCAUUCACAGUCCCAAGAUUCAACAUGUAAAUCUAGGCUAGAAGUUGAUGAGAACACACAUUUCUUACAUUCCCUCUCGACAGAAUAUCCAGAGUUUCAAAGACAUCCAACAGCAUCCAGGUUUUGUAAACAAUUCAAGGAAACCAAAGUAGAACUAGCUGAAUACCUUCAUGAUAUUUUUAAUCAAGUCAUCUUUGAAACUAAGCUGCCGAAAGAUUUAAAGAUAGAAUGGAAUCCAAGAUACACUAAAACAGCUGGUACAUUCUCCUACAGAGGCAAUUCGACUCAUUAUACAACUAAAAUAACCCUCUCUGUCAAAAUUUGUGACUCUCCAGAGCGUGUCAGAGAUACACUAGCCCAUGAGUUAUGUCAUGCAGCAGUCAAACUUAUUAAUGGUGCUAAUGAAGGCCAUGGAGUGCUCUGGAAGUCAUGGGCUAAACGCUUCAACAGGAAAUAUCCAUUCAUGCCUGUUAUCGUCCGCUGUCACGAUUACACUAUUAAAACCAAGUACACCUACCAAUGCACCAAGUGCAAAUAUAGGAUAUAUAGACACUCCAAGUCUUUGGAUACUGAGGCAAAGGUGUGUGGCCAUUGCAGAGGUAAGUUUGAAGUAUUCCUGACUAAAGAUUUGGACAGUUCCAGCGGCAGUACGCCUACACCUAGAACCCCAAGGACUCCCAACAAAUUUGCCUUGUUCGUUAAAGAAUGCUAUUCAGCUAAAAAGAAAGAGACUGGAAUGAGGCAUGGUGACAUUAUGAGAGUACUGAGCAAAGAAUUUGCGGAAAAAAACUCACUCAACGAUUGAUAGCUAACUGAAUUUAUAUUUCUUAUUACUGUUUGUUGCAUUUUUAAUUAGACAUUAGCAAUGUGAUUAUUAUUAUUUGAUUUCAGCAUUAUUGAUUUUUAAUUAGUGUUAAACAGUAGGCAUUGAAUUUUUUUAACCAUUUACUAUCCAGAGUUAGUUUAUUUUUGCUGUUCAAAUAUUGAAUACCGGUAUUAAUAAUUGACUUAAAUUGGAAGGGGUGGGGGGUCACAGUCUACUCAAUUUUUUGGGGGGAAACAACACUCCUUUACAGUGACCUUGACCCUCCUUUUGCACUUCAAAAGUCAAACUUGAGCGAAAGAUUUACUGUUGAUUUCAUUGUUUAUUUUGUGUUGAUCUUGUUCAUGUACUAUGUUUAUUAUAUAUUUAUAUGUAGAAUGAAAUUAUAAGACGCACAGUAAACUGUACAAUGGCAAUGUCUUUAUUCCGAAGAUUAAGAAUGAGUGCAGUGUUUCAUGACAAUGCAAACACUGUUGCUACUUCGUAUUUGUCCAUAUAAACUCAUGUAACUGUUAUUCUACCUACAAAUAGGGUGUUAUAUGUGAAGCUUUUGGGUGGAUUUCAAAGAUAUAUAAAAUCCUUUAUUGCUUGAUCAUAAUAAUU